AUGUCGGCGUUCCGGACGACAAGGCGAAUGCGAGUUCGAGGAAGGCCCUCGACCGAAUCGCAAGCAAGCCCUCGAAGACCACAUCAGUCAGCUCGAAGCACGGCUGCAACAAUUAGAGCCGCCACAGACUUCUCCUUCAGCAGUACUAGCCACGUCGAGGACAGACAGUCCUGCGGUCGGAAGCCUAACACCCCCCAACAACCUCUCGGCGUCUUACAUCAUGCAAGCAGCGAACAUCCUGUCCUCUCCUCUGACAAAUUUAUCAGAGCCUUCCCCAGCGGCUACCCAGAUGUUCUUACGGCGACGAACAGGAUCAAUGCUUUUCUCUCACACGCAGAUCAAGUCGGUUUCUUUCUCCAUAAAGGCCGCUUCUUACAGAAGAUGUCUAUACCGCGUUCUCAACGGCAUCCAGGGUUGCUAUCGUCCGCUCUGAUACACGCGGUAUAUCUAUGGGGUGUUCGCUUCUCGCUUUCCCCCGCACUCCUCGUGUAUGAACCCGUGUUCCUGUCGCGCACGACACAAGCCUUGACCGGCUCCAUUGCUCACAUGCCCGCGCACAAUGUCACUCAUACCAUCCAAGCAGAGGUUCUUCUGGCCCAUUACUACUUCACAAGUGGGCGUUUGCAGGAUGCUCAAUUCCACCGCAAUGCGGCGACCAGCCUUGCACUGAGCUGUCGCCUCUAUCAGCUGCGCUCCUUGGAGUCUCCAAAUGUUCACUUGGACGCUGUACACGGUAUGGAAUUUGAUUUGCCCCCAACAAAUGAUCCAAUAGAGGAGGGGGAACGGAUUCAUGCAUUCUGGCACGUCUACAUCCUCGACAAAUGCUGGGCCACCGGCCGACACUCGACGUCGCGUUUUGAUGGUUCUCACGGGCCUCGGGUAGAUACGCCGUGGCCGUUGGCUAUGCAAGAAUACGAGACUAAUGGGGCCUUAAGUGGGUCCUGGGGUCUACGUACAGUUGGGACGUUUCUCUCGGAUGCUAUGCAGAAUCCUCUUGAGGGUUCCUCCGCUGUGGCCUUACGGGCAAAAGCAGCUGUGCUAUUUGAGCGAGCCACCACACUUGCCGCUCGGUGGUCACAUAAUACAAAUGAAGAGCAAUUUGCUGCGAGCUUUGUGGCGCUUGACUGCGUGAUAGACCGUUUCCUUGGAUCGCUGCUUCCGGUGGAAAUGUCUAUCGACAGAGAUGCUGCAUUACAGCUCUUGCUGUGUCAUACUCUUGGUCGCGCUGCCACAAUCCAACUGCACAAGAACUUCAAGCACAUGGAUGGACUUACUGAGAGUAAGGAUGUUGUGGCUUCCAAAGCCGCGUCUGCGGCCCUUGAUGGCGUCGAUUUCGCUCAAUUGGCUUUCGUUGAUCCGAUAUUUGCUAUCCUGUGGUCGAUUACUGCUCGAGCUCUCAUCAACGAGAUGGCUCGGUUACGAGCUCUGUCGAUUGGGGGUGAACAUGCACUUUAUGUGCGCGGCGAGCAUCACAAAGUCGCGACCUCGUUGACGAAAGUCACCAAUGCAAUGUCUAUAAUGUACAAAUCGGUAUGCAGCCGAGACGCGGAAAUAUUAUUUGAAACUAGUCAUGAUAUUAUCGUUGAGAACCAUGAAUACAGCGUAUAUACUGAUCAUAAUUUGCAACCGCAUAAUGAGGAUAGGCCUAGAUCUUUGUACAAGGCCAUCAGCGAGCAAGGGCCGCGUCAUGCGUUCUUCGCGUUGUCGACAGACAUCAACGACGCAAAGAGAAUAAACUCAACAGAGCGUCUAGCCAAGACGACCUCCUGGGCCUCUGCACAUCGGCAGGUGUCAGGCACGUAUGCGCACCUCCCGUCCGAAUCACUGUCAUACGCCGUUACAGAAGACGACGACGAUAUGGAAGACGCUGUCGAGAGGGAAGCACAAAAUGGAGGAGGGAAGAACGCGGUGCGCCGAAUGGUCCUGCGCGGGACAGACCUCAUCAAGCUAGGAGAGAAGCGACGCGCUCUCUUCGCAACGGGUGCUGAGGUGGCAGCGGGGGACCAAGGGUGUAGAUUCGGAUCGUUGGCGCGAUGGCGUUUUCUGCUUGCUGACGCGUUCGGAGAGCACGAUGUGUCUAAUCUGAGUGAUGGUCGUCUGGCCCUCUGUGAACUACGAUCGCUGCCGGUCCCAAAGACUGUGUCGGAGCCGGACAAGGAGCUGGGGGUAUCGCUGGGAGCGCGCCGCCAUCUAGCAUUGAAGGUAUGA